AUGUAUAUAGAAAAACGACCUGGUCUUAAAACGUGUGCUUAUUAUAGCUCAAAAAAUUCACUGGCUGUUUUAAAUGUUAUUUACAUUUUGUUACAGUAUACCAUAUUUGAUGCUAAGUUGUUUGAAGACGCUACCAACUUUCUUGCAAUUCUGUUAAUAUGCAUUGCUGUCUAUGCCAAGAUCACAGCUGUGUUGACUAGUCUACCAAUAUUGGGUGCUGUGGUAGCAUGUGGUGUUUUCUUGCUGAUUAUUUCAAUAUUUGGUCUUAUUGGUGCAUACAUGAUAACACUGGCAUUUCUAUUCAUUUUCCUACUCUCCGUAUCAAUUGCUGCUCUGACUGUGCCUCCGGCUAAGCAAGAAGCCUUAUUAAGAUCGAGUUGGCAACGUCUGGGGAAUCAAACAAAGGAUGAACUUCAAGUUGCAGGAAAUUGUUGUGGUUUUCAUGUUUUGGCAGAUUUGGCAAAUACUACCAUGUCUCAUCCACCCUGUGUGAAACUUCCUUGCUGUAAGAAAAAGACUCACAAUCAUUGCGAUGAAUGCCCAGCAUGUUUUGCAUAUUUCAAAGAUUCUAUUGAUCAAGUUCUCUCAGUUGCUGGAGGUGUUGGGUUAUUUUUCAGUUUUACUUUGAUAUUUGGUGUUUAUGUGGCGUACAAGUAUCGAAAUAUUAAAGAUCCAAGGAGUCUUUCGGGAUCAUUUCUCUAA